AUGGGCAGUUCACAAAUUGGACACAGAGUGGCAGUAUUAUUGUUUACAGACUUAGAUGCGCCAACAUUAGAGCUCAAUAAACUACACCUCAGACUGAUUCACAGCAUGUUGAAAACAAACCCCUGCAAAGCUGCAGUGAUGCUAGCAUUGGAACUGCUGACCUGCUUGUUCAUCCCAGCCAUGGCUCAAACAGAAACGCUGAAUGUGUGUGUCUGUGUGUGUCUGCAUUUAAAUUUUUGUACACUGCAAUUCCUUCCUGAAGCUGGGGAACUCUACAUGGUUGAUUGAACAGAUAACCAUAUGGGGCAUGACUGUCUGCCAAAUGCGGUCUACGUGGCACACACACACACACACACACACACACACACACACACACACACAGAUCUGAUAUUGUGAGCUGUCAGACAGAAUCUACAUCUAUGAAGAAAUUACUGACCUUUCAGCCUAAUUACACUGUUAAAUACAAGAGUCAAUAAAAUAACCGACAUACGAGCAGGAUUUAAAACCUUUUGAUGUUUUCCAAAAGUGCGGUUUCUAAUAUUCACUGUUUAAAACCCUUUUAUUAACACAGAAAUUGCAUCUGUGUCACUUUUCCAGCCAAGCUCACCUCUAACUGCCAGGUAGGUAAUGGCAAGCGGCCAAGGAAAAUCCUGACUUUACCUGCUCUAAAAUUAAUUCAUCUCUCAGGAAUAAAUUAGCAGUGUGGAAAGAUUUUGGAUUUCAAAGACAAGGUAGAUCAGUAUAAAUUUUGCAUGCACAAACAAUGCUGUUAUGAAAUACAAUAGACCACAACAAACCUGACCUGGAAAAGAAAUAAAAACAUGCCAUGGCCCUCAUUGCGCUGCCUUACUGUUAGGACUUCAAAUUUAGAGAUGUUGAAGAUUCUAGUUAAAGACAGAGGCUCUAACAUUUUUCCUUUUAAUUAAAAAAAAAAAAAAACAUAAUUUUUUUGAUCAAAUGAAUGAAAGUUAAUUCAUUUCGAAUAUGUUCAAAGAAAAAAUUAAGAGAAAAAAUACAGAAUGAUAGUAAUGGAAAGGAAAAAUAAGGAAUAUACAACAUAUUCAAAAAGGAGUGGGAGGAAGUAAAACUUACCAAGUCACGCCCCUUCUCCAUCAGCUAUUCUGCAAAAGUGCUUCCAUUUAUAUAUACAUUUUUUUUUUACAAAUGAAAACAUUCUAUACACCAUAAUUCAGUGGGGUUUAAAAAAAAUAAAUAAAUAACAAAAGCCAAAAUAAUUCAUAAUUUGGUGCAAUACCUUCUGUUUCAUCCCUAUAUCUACGGAAUAUUAUUUUUUUUUGUUUGCAUAAGUUUAGUCAUUACAUUGUCAAAUCACAUUGUAUCUUUUUUAAGGGGAUUUGAUAAAUUUCUACACAACUGAUUUAAAAUAUCUGAUUAGAUUCUCAAAAGUCUAUCACCUGCCAAAAAUGUAACUUGAUCAAAGACCAAACAAGACUCAUAUGGCUAUUUGAUUAAUCUAGUAAAAUGUGUAUCUUGGCUAUUGUGAUGUAUGCCCUUAAUUUGUGCCCAAAGCUUAAGUAUUUUGUAUCAGUUGUAAAGUAUAAUGUAAAGGGUAUCAUUUGUACAGUGAAUGGGUGGUUCUGUGAAGUAGAAAUCUAACAGGUUGAUCAAGAACUCAGCACAAGCCAAAAGGUCUUGGCAUGACUCCCAAGACCAGGCAGAAACAGAAACUCAGGUUUUUUUUGCCACAUUGUUGAGAGGCAAGGGUCAAGUGUGCCAUUUUUCUUUACACGGAUUACUGUUGUUGGGGGGGGGUUGACCCACAUAAUUAAAUUUUCAACCUAGCCAAGUAAUAACAGCAACUGAACAUUGCAAUUCUCAUGAAUUAAAGAUACACAGCAUGAAAAAUAUCCCAGUGGAUCAUUAAUCUGUGUUCUUGGUGUAGUAGGGAAAGACAUGAUUUGAUUGCCCUCAUUAAAAGGUGUGGCAAAGCAAAAAAAAAAGCUUUGUAUCUGAACACUGUGAUGUACUAAACAGAGGUGCGCUAAGUCUUACAUGUAGAUUGGGCUGUCACCAUGCCCAGCAGUCAGACAAAAUCCUUAUGUGAGCCUCUCUAGAAGUCAAGGUGACCUGCAGCUGCUGCUGGUGAGAAAAAUUGGAAUUGAGGAUUAGGUCGCCACACAAAGAUGUCUGUCUUUUUUGUUGUGCCUGCUAUAAGUUAUGAACGCCACAGCUGAGUUACAUACAGCCAAUUUGCGAUUAUUCCCCAGCUGAUGUUAAACCUGUACUUUUUUUAUUCACUUUUUGAUUCACAUUGGUAGCUCAAGUCACAUGAUGUCACAUUUGUUUAGUAGGAAUCCAGGUUAAAUUUCUUCCUCCAUCCUUUGUCUCCAUCAGCUCCGCCUGCUUUGCAGAGCCCCUACCUCGCUAAAUUUACUGUACCACCCACCCUGACAUCACUCUCUCAUUUUCCAUCUACUACUUCAAAUCACUUUCUCUCCCUCCCCUCCCUUUUUGGUUAGCCUCAUUCAGAACAAGGCUUUUGUGAUUGGCCAGUAUUUAUAUCAACUAGGUCCCAGUGCCACCUGGGACAAUGGUCUCCAGUCAGAUCCAGGUCACAGCAAGCAGAACCGCUCUUUGGCUCUGCAUGUCUCAGUCCAGUCCAGUCCACUCCGGUCCAGUCCAUCUGCCACACAAGCCAGCUUCACAGACAGACAGAGAGCUACUGCACCGACUCACCCACUGGCAUCACACACACACAGGUAGGGAGGCACACACAUACGCCAGCAGGUGCUGCAUCACUGCUCUAGUCUGCCUCACACAUACAGGUAGAUAAUGGAAGAUGUAUCUGACUGCACUAACCUGCAUCAUGCACGCAGGUGAAGAAUAUCCUCACGAAGCUUACCUCUGAGCCCAGGAGAGCCAAUACAGGGACAACAGUUUUCACAGAGGAUGACAACACUGGCAGUGAUGCUGAAAGACAGGUAAAGGUAAGUGAAUGGAGCUGCAACCUGCUUGUUGAUAGGCUUAUAGUGUGGAUUGUACUAAUGUAUGAUACAAAAUGAAGGAGACAACCAAUAUUUCCUGAGAUGGAUUAUAUUACUAACAGUCGAUGAGCAUCUUCAUUUUAUUGCACAUGUCAAUAUCAAACAAACUUCUACAGGCUUAAGUCAGCACUCUGUCUGAUGCCAAGAUUUCCUACUGUGACUGUAAACUAAUAAGACAAAAGAGCGUAGAUGUAAUAAGUGGCCUUCCAAAUAAAGGCUACCUUGACCCAAAGUUGGUACUCACUCCCGUCAGUGUUUUCACAGUUAGUAGAGUAGUUUACACAGGAUUACAUGAGGAUAAUCCAUUUACGGUAUUAGGAGACAUGAGUCGCCAUCUGUCUGUAUUUAUCACCGUGUGGAAGCCGCCAGGAGAACAAGACUGAAAACAAACAAGACAGAGAGGCUAAUAUUGUACUAAUAGUUUGGAAAAAUAUGACUUAAGUGAGAUUUGAGCAGAGCUUGGCCUGUUUGACCCUCACUAGUUUGUUAUUUACGGUAACCCAACGGUUGUCACGACCUUUAAACUGCGCGCGCACUACAGUCAGGUUGGUGAGAUUUGCUGCCUUUAUAUAUAAUCGUAAAUUUCAGUAUCAGUUAACACGCAUGUAGAGAUGCUUUUUCAGUGUAAAGCUAACGACAAAACUAUUAGUCAAGUAAAAUCAAGAAAUACAUGAGCAACUCCAUUUUACCGAACGGUUACAGUGACGAGAAGACAAUACACGCCAUGAAUAGUAGUUAUGCGUGACUAUUUAACUUAUUGGUUGCAAGUUGCAACUAAAAUGGUGGUGACAAAAAAUUUUUAGACACUGCUUUUUUCUUGUUAAUAAUUCCAGGGCAUAAGAUAGUCUGAGAAGUAGACAGUGGAGUAUGUACGUUUCUCCUGAUAGCCUGUUAACCACGCCAAACUGUGCACUCCUCAAAAUUUCCGACAGUACCUGAAGGCAGCGGUCGCCCAGAGGACUUCAUUGCUGCUGCUGCUGCUAACAGGUGAAUUGGAGCAAGCAGUGAAAGAGAAAAUCUGCUGCUCACGCUUGGAGUUUUUCACGAAGCAGGCAAACAUUUCCGACCUCAAAGUGAGUACUUCGCCUGAAAAUGUGCUUUUUUAAAUUUAACCUUGGAAGCAGUGAGUCACCAGUAAGUUAAGCUUGUGUGCAGUUUGUCUGGGCAGUAAUUAAGUUAGCGUUAAUGACCUGCUGGGUCGUGUGAGUUCGCUUUAAUGAAUGUCUGAUGUGCUCUGCCUUCUCUCAAACCACUCUUCCAGGAGGAGCGUGCAGCAGUAAUGGUGAAUUAA